AUGGAUAUACCUCAAGUGCCUACGACUAGACCAAAGAGAUCAAAGUCCACUUCUCCGGACACUUUUGAAUCACCUCAAGUUCCAAAUACUAGACCAUCAAGGACAGUGGGUGCAUCGCCAAUUCCAAAUGUUCCUUCAACAAGACCGAAGAAGGCACAUGAACAAUCAGUUUCAUGCACAGUGCCAAACAUAGACCACAAACCCAGUUCUGAAAACAGCGACUUGCCAAUUCCAAGCGUACCUAAAUCAAGACCAAAGGCACCAAAAGCUAGCUAUUGCGAUCGUCAAGGAUCUGAGGAAUCGCUCUCGAAACCGACUACUGGAACUAUAGUCGCAGAGAGAGACGAGGUCUCCAGUGUGGGCCAGCAUGUUUUUCAUGCGGGAUCCGAAUCACAGGUUAAUUUGUUAUCAGAUGAUGAUACUGCCGAAAAACAGCCAUCUCUAAGUAUUCCAAUUGAAAAUGAAGGAAAUACCGAACAAUUGGGAACAAAGGCACAAAGUAUUAUCAGUGAUGAGCUGAAGAGAGAAACAGAAUAUGAAAUCCAAGAAGAGAAGGCGGAUCAAGAAAAUAAGCAAGCAUUAGAUUUAGGAGAAAAAUCAAACGAAUUCUUGGCGUUACAAAAUGAAACUUCGGUGAAUCCUGCAUCCAAGCAAAAAGAGUUAGAGUCGACUAAGAGCUUAGAUGAUAGUAAAAAUGAGUAUAGUUUUGGAAGCAGUGAUUCAUCAAUGGCAGAUGAGGAUAUAACCUAUGCCAAAAAGGAUGAUGAUGAGAGUAAAUCGAUUGGUAAAGUCCCAUCAGAGGAAGAGCCACAGAAUGACCAAACGGGAUUGUUGAAGGAAAAAACUUCAACCGAAGAGCCUUUAACAGCUAGUGUUGUCGACAAUGCAGAAUAUUCUUGCAUCGCUGAUGCGGAAUCGAGGAGAGGGGUACCUCCAUCAACUGAAGAAAUUCUUCCUGAGUCUGACAUAAAACAUACCGAGGAACCAGCUGAAGAAUCAAUUGAAGAGCCAUUGUCUUCACUUUUUACAGCAAAUUCAGAAAGCGUAAAAGACCAAGCGGCUCAAAACUUUCCGUCUACUGCAGAGGAGUCUAAAUCGGAAAAGCAAGUACUAGUUUCUCAAACCGAAGCAGAUACUUCAUUUGAUGUGGCCAAAAACUCGAGUACCGUUAGCUUGGACGAACCAAUUAAGAAGGAAGAGCAUACAAACAAGGAAGAGAAUUAUGAACCACAAGGAUUACAAAAUGAUGGUGGUAAAACAAAAAAUACUCCCAGUGUCCCAGCCUCUAGGCCAAAGGUGCAUGAAAAAGAGACGCCAGUAGUUCCAACAACUCGACCAAAGCAUGUUUCUAUAAAUUCAUCUGAGGAUACAACCGAAUCUGCUUCUGCUUCAACAGUUAACAAGAAACCACCGCCACGUCCGAAAAAACCAUCGUCUAGAAUUGCACAAUUUCAAGAAAUGUUAGAGCAACAACAAAAGCAAGAUUUAGGAUUAUUUAAUAAACCAAAACCCAAAUCACCAGCCAAGAGGCCAACAUUUACCAAUGAAAUACCUGAACCAAAUGAAAAGUCUAUAGGAGCAGAUGAUUCCGAAAAACAAUAUCCUGUUAACAGACUGAACUCUAAUUUUGCUGAAAGUUUGAAUGGAAUGAUAGGCGUAGGGCUACCUGGCAUGGCAUUUGGAGCAGGAUCAUACGAGGCAAUAAGGAAGGUCAAGGCAGUUGCAUCAUCUUUAUCAAAUGAGGAUGAAGCAGAAAGUGGAGGAACGGUGGAGACUGAUGAAGUGAAUGCAAAGGAUGCCAAAGGCGAUAUUAGAAGAGCAAGAGCUAAGGGUCCAAGAGGUAGAAAGCUACCAGGCAGCUUGAAGAAGGUAGUUGAAGUAAAUGACUUGACGUUAGGAAACAAAUUCAGUGUACAGGUUUUUGAUAUAUGGACUUUGAGAACGGACUUGAAAACAUGCAAAGAUGAUACAGACGGUCCCAAGCAUCUUGGUUUGGAAGAGUCAGAGAGCACUUAUUCUGGUAAGGGCUUAAAUGAGGAUGAAAUUGAUCUAACAAGAGUCAAUACCGAACAGGAUACUUCAGUACGAGAAGAUGCAAAUCAAAGAGAAAACGAGAGAGAAUCCGUUCUAGCCGAUGCCAGCGAAACAACUCCAGAGGGACUCCUAGUUGAUGCUGACAGUAAUAAGCUAAAUGAAAUUGAGGAAAAGAAAGAAGAGAUAGUAGAAGAACAGGAAGGAAAAAACGGAGCAAAAGACGAAGAAGAGGAAAUAGAGGAAGAAAAAGUUCAUUUUGGUGCAACAGACCAAGGAAAACAGGAAGAAGAAAACAGCAACAACGACGACAUCUCUAUUGUGGAUGCAUAUCUUGUCGAAUAG